UUACACUAUUAUAACGCUUCACACAACACAUUGUUUACAACCAAAACCAAUACACAGUUGUUAUUGUUGUUGUUGUUGUUUGUAGUGAUCGGCGUUUUUAUUGUGGCAGUGAUUGUCGAGGACUUGGAUGAUAAUAAUUGAUUGGAUCAGCUAUUAUUGACACCCAAACAGGACACACUAUGGCUGAUAGACAUCAGCCAUUAGACAACAAGCGUCAGCCAAUUGAUGGAUCAGUUAGAGACAAUCGAAGAGUAGAUACACACCACAGAAGUGGUGGUGGAAGUUAUCAAACAAGAGAUAGAGAUCGCGAGAGACAAUCAACGAGGUAUGAGUCGUCGCGGAACAGUCCGUACGAUAGCGAUCGAUAUGACAGACGAGGAGGAGGAGAUCGACACCAUAGAAGAUAUGACAACCAGCGAGUAGAGAGACAUAAAGAUAGUCGAUAUGAAUCAGACAGAAGACAUCGACAGCGAGAGGAGACGACAACGACUUCGAAAAAUAGUCGUAAACGAUAUCACAGUCGGAGUCGAAGUCGCGACAGAAGCCGUGAUAAGAGUUGUGACAGAAGUAGAGAAAGAAGUCGUGAUAGAAGUCAUGACACAAAGCGAAGCAAAUCUCGAAGUCGAAGUGCAAGUAAAGAAAGACUGGACCGGAAAGUGGACGACCAAACAGUUAAAGAUAGUAUAGAUAAAUGCGAUAAAACAAAGGUAAUAGACUCCAGUAUAUUGACCAUAAAAAAUGUCGGCAUCGGUGGUGUAAUUAAUAAAGGAGAAAAGGGUGGUCAACACAAAGUCAAUUUAGAGAUAAUGAGACAACAAGUAGAGGCCAAAACUGGAAUAACUGUUCCCACAUAUUAUAAUCCAGGAGUAGUUAAUCCCAUGAAAUUUGCUGAACAACAACGCAAACGAAAACUGUUGUGGAGUCGAGAGACAGCCACCGAUGACACUAAUACACAGGAGUUAUCACCUAAUGAUACCAAAAGUUUGGCCACUAGUAAUAGUCAGCCGUCGGGUUCGGCAACAAAUCGCUGGAAUGGACUGAAAUUUGAAGGCGAAAAGGGAAAUGAAAUGACGGAAAAGUUUAAAAAAUUGAUGGGAAUUAAAGAUAAACCAGAAUUAAGUUCUUCAACCAUCUGUAAGAACGAAAGUGUUAUCCAAAGUCAAGAAACUUUGUUUCGCGAUCUCGAUAUCCAGUACUCUAUCGCUCGCAUAUCCACUCAUACCCAGCGAGGAGUUGGUCUCGGUUUUGGUGGACAUCAAAAGUGAUGGAAAAACAGAGAGAAAGAAAGAUAGUUACAGUCGCUUAGGGUGUCAUCGCAUCUAUAAAAAUAAGAUAUCAUUUUAUUCACUGUAUUAUUAAUAUACACACCAUUUAAGUUUGGAUUAUUGACUAACGCAACAAUUGCGGUCCUAUUGAUGUUAUAUAUAUCAUAUAUAAGCCACUAGUGGGUCAUACAAUGUGUGAGUGAGUGAGAGAUAUAUAUAUACUGUAGGUGUUUAAUUAAUUAAUUAAUAAUAAAUAUUA